AUGACGUGGCUCGAGGACUAUGCCUGGGAGACCAUGAGCCCAUCUGAAAGGCAGAUGGCGGACGAGCAGCGCAGGAAAAACCGCGAUCAUGUAGGAAGCCACCCAGAUAUAUUACUGGAGUACGCUAACCACGAGAACUUUGUUGAGAAUGCCAGGUACGUCCUUAACAACAUUAAGGAUGCAAUUGAGGCUGGCAUCCAGCAGGUUGCUGUACACACAGUGUGCAAGGUCAACAGACAUAGAUCUGUUGGAGGCGGUAUCCUACUUUUCGACAUGAUCCGUCGCCUCGAGGAUACUUCCAUUAGCCUCACUCAUAUGAGUGCAGCGCAUUCGUGGCCCUUUAUGGGCAGGACAUCGUGCAAAGGCCAGUGCAUGUAUUGUCAGCAUAAGACGCUUGACAUAGUCAAUCAGGUCCAACACAUAUGUGAUGCGUUUGCACAGGCCGUCUUUAGAGACGGGGCCGUCCGAGAAAACGCCACAUUGGUGGUAGAGCCUAUGACAGCUCGCCCGACAGGGGUGAAGACCUACUCCGAGCUCUUCAACGAGGAGCAGAUUGCUGCCGGCAAUGCGCAGACCCCUAUAACGGGAGUCGGACCGCUAGACCAGGCUCCAAGGCCAGGGGAGACUGCCACCCAGGCCGCAACACGCAUGGGGCUGGCAGGCAAAACCCACACACAGUAUGUGGCGAAAUACAAUCCUGAUAGUUUAACCGGAGCCAUGAACCGUUCUGCGAACGCGCCGAAAGGGGCGCCGGUACCCUCUGUCACUUUUACCACAGGUAUGGGCCCGCCUCCUGAGGUUAAAGCCAAGGCGAGUGGCAGCAAAGCACCACCAGCCAAAAAGGCCGAGCCAGCAAGACCGCCCAUAGUGGCGAGUGAUCUUCCUGUGAAGGCCGCACCAUCCACGUCUGCCACGGUGCGCGCACUUGAGUCGCAGAUCAAAGAUCUGCAGGACGCCAACCAUAUGUUGGAGACCCAGGCCGACGACCUCCGCAACUCUCUACGUGAGGUUCGCAGGCAGCGUGACGAGGCCUGGGAUGAGCUCGACCAAGCGCGUCGAAGGGCAGAGCGAGCCGAGGACCGCCUCGCUCGCCACAUGGAUGAGCGGGCUCUGUGCGUGAUCGCACCCGCGAUCGUGACCGCCGGGUUCUUAGUAACCCGAGAGACCGCAGCGAGCCGCCGCAAGCUGCGAGAAUUUCCCGCUGGGGAACUAG